CUCUUUCCUCCGAUCUGCAGCCGCAGCAGCAGCAGCAGCAGCGUCUCUCUCCUGUCACCACUCCGGGACUGCCUGUCCUCAGAGAGGCAGUGUUUACAUCAACAAGCCGUCACACAGGAAGGUCCACGACCCGCAGCCAACAUGGUGAACUUCACUGUGGAUCAGAUCCGUGCCAUCAUGGACAAGAAGUCCAACAUCAGAAACAUGUCGGUGAUCGCCCACGUGGACCACGGGAAGUCCACGCUGACCGACUCGCUGGUGUCCAAGGCGGGGAUCAUCGCCUCGGCCCGGGCUGGAGAAACCCGCUUCACAGACACACGCAAAGAUGAGCAGGAGCGCUGCAUCACCAUAAAAUCCACGGCCAUCUCCUUGUAUUACGAGCUCGGAGACAACGACUUGGCCUUCAUCAAGCAGACUAAAGACGGAAACGGCUUCCUCAUCAACCUGAUCGAUUCUCCGGGUCACGUUGAUUUCUCCUCGGAGGUCACCGCCGCCCUCAGAGUAACCGACGGCGCUCUGGUGGUUGUCGACUGCGUCUCAGGUGUGUGCGUGCAGACCGAGACCGUGCUGCGGCAGGCCAUCGCCGAGCGCAUCAAGCCCGUCCUGAUGAUGAACAAGAUGGACCGGGCCCUGCUGGAGCUGCAGCUGGAGACCGACGAGCUUUACCAGACGUUUCAGCGUAUUGUUGAGAACGUCAACGUUAUUAUCUCCACCUACGGAGAAGAUGAGGGUGGACCCAUGGGGAACAUUAUGAUCGACCCCGUCAUUGGUACCGUUGGCUUCGGCUCGGGCCUCCACGGCUGGGCUUUUACUUUGAAACAGUUUGCUGAGAUGUAUGUGGCUAAGUUCACAGCUAAAGGCGUGGCUCAGCUGGGACCAGCGGAGAGGUGUAAGAAGGUGGAGGACAUGAUGAAGAAGCUGUGGGGAGACAGAUAUUUUGAUCCCAGUGCUGGCAAGUUCAGCAAGACAGCCAACGGUCCUGAUGGACAGAAGUUACCUCGAACCUUUUGCCAGCUUGUCUUGGAUCCCAUUUUUAAGGUAUUUGAUGCCAUCAUGAACUUCAAAAAGGAAGAAACAGCCAAACUCAUCGAAAAGCUGGAYGUCAAGCUGGACUCCGAGGACAAGGAGAAAGAAGGAAAGCCCCUGCUGAAGGCUGUGAUGCGCCGCUGGCUCCCUGCCGGAGAAGCUUUGCUCCAGAUGAUCACCAUCCACCUGCCCUCGCCCGUCACCGCGCAGAAGUACCGCUGCGAGCUUCUCUACGAGGGGCCGGGAGACGACGAAGCCGCCAUGGGUAUUAAGAACUGUGAUCCCAAGGCUCCUUUAAUGAUGUACAUUUCCAAGAUGGUUCCGACGAGCGACAAGGGACGUUUCUACGCCUUUGGCCGCGUGUUUUCUGGCUGCGUGUCCACAGGCCUGAAGGUGCGCAUCAUGGGGCCAAACUUCACUCCUGGCAAGAAGGAGGACCUUUACAUCAAACCUAUCCAGAGGACCAUUCUGAUGAUGGGUCGGUAUGUGGAGCCCAUUGAAGACGUCCCAUGUGGCAACAUAGUUGGUCUAGUUGGAGUUGAUCAGUUCCUGGUCAAGACGGGGACAAUUACCACCUUUGAACAG